CGGGGCCACACCCGGAAGCGGUGAGGAGCGCGGGGGCAGCACCGGCAGCACCGGGGAUCGGGAGAAGCCGCAGCGAUGUCGGAACGGAAAGUGCUGAACAAAUAUUACCCCCCGGACUUCGAUCCGGCCAAGAUCCCGAAGCUGAAGCUGCCCAAGGACCGGCAGUACGUGGUGAGGCUGAUGGCCCCCUUCAACAUGAGGUGCAAGACGUGUGGGGAGUACAUCUACAAGGGCAAGAAGUUCAACGCCCGCAAGGAGACGGUGCAGAACGAAUCCUACCUGGGGCUGCCCAUCUUCCGCUUCUACAUCAAGUGCACGCGCUGCCUGGCUGAGAUCACCUUCAAGACAGACCCUGAGAACACGGAUUACACCAUGGAGCACGGCGCCACCAGGAACUUCCAGGCAGAGAAGCUCCUGGAGGAGGAGGAGAAGAGGAUGCAGAAGGAGAGGGAAGAGGAGGAGCUCAACAAUCCCAUGAAGGUCCUGGAGAACCGAACCAAGGACUCCAAGCUGGAGAUGGAGGUCCUGGAGAACCUGCAGGAGCUGAAGGAGCUCAACCAGCGCCAGGCCAACGUGGACUUUGAGGCCAUGCUGACAGCGACAGAAGGGGGAAGGGGAGAGGGGCUGGGGGACAAAGGGACCAGGUGGGCGGGAGAGGGACGGGGCUGGGGACACCCGUGUGGGGGCUGUGGGAGCCCGAAGGGUCCCGUGAGGGCACCCAGGGCCCGGGGGGCUGCGGGGGGGGCAGCGGGGGUCCCGUCCCACCCGGAGCCCCCCCGGCAGGGCCCAGGUGAGAGCGAGUACUCGGAGCCCUUCGAGGGGGAGCAGGACCCGGCGCUCGAGGGCGGCUGCGACGAGGAGGCCACAGGGUGUCCGCGGCAGGGCGAGGGCCGGCGGGGGCGGCCGCGCCGGGGUCCCCAACUCUACGACACCCCCUCCGAGGAGUGGGACACGGCCGGGGAUGGCCCGGGGGGACCCCCGGCCCGCGAGAGCCGCCUCCCCCGCGACGACGAGCGCCCGGCAGACGAGUACGACCAGCCCUGGGAGUGGAAGAAGGAUCACAUCUCGAGGGCCUUCGCAGUGCAGUUUGAGAGCCCCGAGCGCUCCCCCAGCCUGUCCCGGCCGCUGCCGCGCUCCCCCCGCGCCCCCGGCGGCCCCCGGCCCGCCUGUCCCCCCAGCCCCCGGCACGUGGACACCUCGCUGCCCCUGGAGAAGCAGGCCUGGUACCACGGCCCCAUCGGGCGGGCGGGCGCCGAGACGCUGCUGGCGCUGUGCCGCGAGGGCAGCUUCCUGGUGCGUGACUGCGAGACCAGCCCCGACGACUACUCGCUGUCCCUCAGGAGCAGCCAGGGUUUCGUGCACGUGAAGCUGACGCGGACCCGGGAGCAGCACUUCACGCUGGGCCGGGCCGGGGCCGCCUUCCCGUCGGUACCGGCGGCCGUGGGGCACUACACGGCGCGGGCGCUGCCCGUGCGCGGUGCCCGCCACCUGUCCCUUCUCUACCCCGUGGCCGUGCAGCCCCUGUGAGCCCCGGACCCCCGGC